AUGGCGCGAUACGCAAAUAUUCCUUAUCGCAGACCUCAAGCUAAUGGUGGAAAAAAUGUAUUACAUGUUGCCGAUGUUUUCAUAGAACAUGACCAUGCACGGUUAUGGUUGAUUUCAGGUGUAAUCAGAGAUUAA